GUGAUAAAGGCUCAAGUGUGCCUUAAAGGUGAUGAAACAUGAUGGAAAUAAACAUGAGUGAGUCUGAAGAAGGACAUUAGAGCGUCACAUAAAAAAUGCCCCGCAUCAACCCCGCCAUCGGCGCAGUAGCGAUAUGUAGCCGUGGACAGGGCGUGCAUGAAGCUUCAACUUUGAGCCGUUCUUUAUACUAAUAGAUUCUCCAGAAUCUCAAUUCUAGCCUGACAUAAAAAAUAGAUCCAGGUACCAUCAGAAACGACAAGACUAAAGACGAGGCAAGCAGUUAACAAGCAGAAGAAGCUGUGGCAAGGAUGGCGACGACACGACCAAUCACUUCUUUCAAGGCCCUCACCUUUGACUGCUACGGCACUCUCGUGGACUGGGAAUCUGGCAUCUACAACAAUCUCCAACCUCUGAAUCAACGACUCGCCAACUCACAUCCCCUCAAGAACAAUCGUCUCGGCUUACUCAAGGCCUUGGUCCGACACGAGGGACUCGUCCAGACAGCCAACCCAACCUACCUAUACCACGCCGUACUGGCCGCCGCCUAUGGUAAUCUCGCAGCUGAGCUGGGCGUCUCGGCUGACGAGGAGGCAAAGUCAAAGUUUGGAUUCGGUGUCGGCGACUGGGCCAUUUAUCCAGACACUCUCGAUGCGCUGAAGCGGCUACAUAAGCACUUCAAGCUUGUGAUCUUGUCCAACGUAGACCUUGAUUCAUUCAAGCGUACGUUGGAGAAGCAGUUCCAGGGCUUCCCUUUCGAUGCCAUUUACACAGCUCAAGAGAUUGGGUCAUAUAAGCCGGACUUGAACAACUUCCGAUACCUCAUUGAGCACUGUGAGAAGGACCUGGGCGUUGAGAAGGGAGGCAUCUUACACACGGCACAGAGCCUGCAUCAUGACCAUGUGCCGGCCGCGCAGAUUGGAUUGACGAGUGUUUGGAUUGAGCGAGGCGAGGAGGUUGAGAGCGUCAUGGGCGGAGAUCCAGAGGCGUAUGCCGACAGGGUGUCGUAUUCAUGGAAGUUUACGAACAUGAAGGAGAUGGCCGAUGCGGUUGAUGCCGCCGCAAAGAAUGCGUAGAGAGGUGUUGUAGAGGAGACAGAGAUAUGCAUAAACUAGAGUUAUUUCGUCCAUCCCUCUCCAUAUCAUGGACGUUGGAGUCCUGUGCUCAAUAUAAACAGCGCUGCAACGGUAUUCUUCGUCGCGCCCUGGUCGAAUAUAAUCAGGUAUUAAACGGAUUUAAUGCU